AUGAAGAACUCUGCCGGUGCAGGAAAGCCAAGUCGAGGCCACGAGCUCCUUCUCGUGCAACUCGUUUUCGUCUCCCUUGCGGGGAUUGCGACACUAAUACGGGCGUAUGUCAAGGUCUUCCUGGUUGGCCGUGUGACGUCCGACGACUAUCUGAUCUUUGCAGCUAUGGGGGGCUAUGCAGCGUAUGCUGCAGUGGCCAUAGACGGAGUCGUCAACGGAGCUACCGGCCAGGACGUCUCCCAGCUCUACACACCCAGCCAAGCAGCAAAGUCUCUUUUAGGUUGGUAUCUAUGCGAGGCUAUGUAUGCCCCAAUUACCCUCGCCAUACGGGCAUCUGUUUGCAUCGUGCUUCUGCGGAUAACGACAAAGAAGGCCUACCGGGUCAUCAUAUGGAUCAACGUUGGGGUCAUAGCAGUAGUGUCCAUUGUCUUCGCCUUCGUCAUGGCAUUCCAGUGCAGCCCUCCAUCAUAUUUCUGGAAGCAGGUAUUCGGGGAGGAAGGAUCUUGCAUCGACAAAAGGAUCGUCAUGAUAUCGGUAUACGUGCACAGCGUUUUUUCGGCUGUGUCGGACUGGUGCCUAGGCCUGUUGCCCAUUGCCAUCCUUUGGGGUGUCCAAAUCAACAUGAGAACAAAGGUCAUUGUCGCCGUCCUAUUAAGUCUAGGCAUGAUAGCUGGGGUCGUGUUGAUCGUCCGCAUGCCCUAUGUAACCACACUUCAGCCCUCGCUUGAAUUUCUCUACGUUUCCGUUGAUGUAGCAAUUUGGUCUGUCAUGGAGCCCGCGCUCGGAAUCAUUGCCGCCUGCGUAGCGACAUACCGCCCUCUGUUCAAAACAUGGGGCUUUGGAUGGGGGUCUACCAGAAGAUCAGCAGCGACUGUUAGUCACGGCUACGGUCGCAGUCAACGCCGUACCGGUCACUGGGAGCUGCACAGUCAGACCGACUUGAAUCGCCCGCCAAUGCCAGGAGAUCGCAACGCAUACACCGAGAGUGUCAUUUCAGGCGAAGCGCCCAGCCCCGAAACAAAAAUUGCAAAGACGACUGAGCUUAUAGACACGUCAGACCCGGCAGUUGCGCAGAGUGAUAGUAGGAAAAUCUUCCACGAGCGGGAUUGGUCAUGA